AUGUUCUUCCUCGCCGUCCAGUGGCAUGCAUACAACCUAAUACGACCCAAUGACCUCCUAAAGGCUAGUGCAAUACGCCGUGUCACCACUACCUCAGCCACAGGCACAACUGCCUCAUCCAGGGUGCAUAUGAAUUUACAAAUACGUGUGAAGAGCCUUGAUUUUGACAUCCAGAGUUCCCAGCUCCACGUAUCUGGCCAGAUCGUCGUGGAAACGCCAUACACGAAAAUUGGUCAGCACCAUACCCUUGAUUUGGAGCUGCAGAGAAAUUUUACCCUGGAAAAGGAGGUAGAAGGCUCAUCUCUUCCAGGUGAUGGACCUGGAACAUCUGCCGGUGGAUGGGAUAGUGUGGCAAUUGAGAUGUUAAAAGAUGCCGUUGAUGAAGGGGGAAAGAGAAGAGCAGAAGCUGUAGCCGUGGUUAUGCAGGAAGGCCUUGCCAAUAUUUGUUUCAUUGGGCAGUUCCAAACCGUGCUCAAGCAGAAAGUUGAGCUUACCAUCCCAAGGAAGAGGCAAGGGGGUAGUGAUUAUGACAAAGCUUUAUCAAAAUUCUAUCAGCUCACCUUGGAUAAUCUUCUGCGGCUCAUUGAAUUCAACAGCGCCACAGGCUCUUCCCUUGUUACCCCAGCCUCAGGGAGUGACACAUCUGCAAAACCUAUCCUUCUCGCAUCUCCAGGGUUUACUGCAGCCGGAUUCCAAAAACAUGUGCAAUCAGUUGCCAACACGACCACGUCAUCUUUAAAGCCUCUUCUACAAAGCCUGAUUGUUGUGCAUUCGUCAUCAGGACACAUUCAUUCCCUUAAUGAAGUCCUGCAGUCCCCUGCCGUUCAAACAAGGUUAUCUAAUACAAAAUACGCCCGUGAGACAGCACUGAUGGAUACAUUUUACACCCACCUGCGGAAAGACACGAACAAGGCUACCUACGGCCCUAGCGAGGUGGAAUCGGCAGUUGAUCAGGGAGCAGUAGGAAGAGGAGGAGGUGUUUUGUUGAUUUCCAAUAGAUUAUUCAGAGCCCCAAAUGUGCGUGAGAGGCAGCGGUGGGUGUCCCUAGUAGACCGAGUACGGGACGUAGAGGGUGGAGAAGUUCGCGUUUUGAGCUCUGACCAUGAAAGCGGAAGGAGGUUAGAUGGGCUUGGGGGUGUUGCGGCGAUUCUUACAUUUCCUAUUGAAGACCAUGAUGAAGAGCACGAUGAAGAUGAUUGA